AUGCUAGAGGAGAACGCGAACGAAAUCUACGAAGAGGCCGAGGAGGAAUUUCACCAGGACGUUGUCAACGCAAGCGAUAACCUCGCGGAACAAGCGGAAAGAUUGGAAAGUGAAGGAAAAAUAACCGAACAGGAAAGAAGGGAAUUUGCAGGAAUAACUGCUCCUAAAGGACCGCCGAAGGAAAGAAUCAGACACAUGGACAUUAUAAUGAAGGAAUGGAAAAGUAACCUCGAAAAAGAAACCGACGACGAUAGACGACAGAUAACACAGAAGGCGGUGAACGUUGCCGAACAGGCCAUCGAUGAUGCAAGGCUGGAAAUGGGACAGGUGCCUAGGUCGGAAGAGGGAAAACACAGGUAUAUGGAAAUAGUAAGGGACAACAUCCGAACAAAAUUUGGGAGAUUCCGCGUGUGGGCAAAAGAAAACAUGGGGGCGUUAGCCGCCAUGGCCAUCUCCAUUGCCGGAAUUAUUACGACUGUGGUGGUGGCCGGAAAGAAGACCAUCACGGGAGCAGCUAAUGGACUUGGAGCUGCCGGAAAAGCGUUGGCAAAGUUUGAAAAAGCUGCACUGCCAAUCCUGGUACCUAUUUUAAACAUGUUAAGUACGAUCCUAAGUUGGGGAGCCAAGGAUCUUUCCUUCCUCGCCCAGAAUUUGUGGAUCGUGGCGAUCGUAAUUGCCGGUGCAAUAUUCAAGUAUUUGCAAAAUAGAUGUAAAAAAUAA